GCAUCCACCAAACAACAUCACAUCACCACCCACCAUGAGCGCGACACCAGAAGCUCCCCGCCGACGUUCCGGGCGCGUUCCCAAAAGAAAACACGUCGAUUUGGCAGAUGUUGGCUCCUCCGCCGACGAUUCGAGCGACGCCGAGCCCGACGAGGAAGAAUUGCGCGAGAAGCGACGCAAGAAGGCAAAGAAGCCCAAAACCAAUGGCGCGACAGUAAGCCUGGCCAUCCGGCCUGCAGGUCCCAAAGCCAAGAAGGCGCCGAAGCCGCGGAAGGUGCCCAUUCGCAAGAGCGCGUUGCACGAGGAGGACAUCAGUGGGCUUUACGCAGAAGUCUUUGCACACGGAAACAAGCUCGAGGACGUCGCGGCACAAUGGGUUGCGAGCUUCGGCGAGCACGAGGCGCGUGCCGUGGCCGACGUGGUCAAUUUCGUCUUGCGCGCCGCGGGCUGCACGAUCAAGAUUGAUGAAAACGACAUCGCAGACCCCGAUAAUUGCCCGAACCGUCUGGGCGAUAUACAAGAGGAGUACCAAGCUCAAGAGAUUGUUGACUACCCACUACUGAACAAGACGCGAGGCGGGACGGCGUUCAAGCACGCGCUACAGGGCUUUUUCUCUGCUCUCAUCGAGACCAUCGCGCAGAAUGGCCUGCUUUACAAUAAUACAGAACUUAUCGAGAACAUUGAGGUGUGGAUCAGCACCAUGUCCUCCGCUCCUAAUCGACCCUUCAGACACACAAGCACCGUUGCUUCGUUGGCAAUUACUGGCGCACUUGCAAGAGUCGCGAGUGAGAUUGUAGAGACGACAGCAAAGAAGAUCCGACAGAGCGAGGGCGAAUCGAAGAAGGCACGCGUCAACAAAGCACGCGUCCAAGCAGCAAACAAGGAGGUGGAGGAGCUUAAUCAGAAGCUGGAGGUCGUAGACGCAGCAAUCACAGAUUGGUUCGAUACCGUCUACAUUCACAGAUAUCGAGAUGUCGAUCCGCGGGUCCGGGUCGAGUGCGUCGAGGCACUUGCGGACUGGAUCAUGACAUACCCAGACAAGUUCUUCGAUGGACAGCAUCUGCGAUACCUGGGUUGGGUGCUUUCUGAUCCUCAUGCCCCAACGCGAAUUGAAGUCCUGAAGCAGCUUCAAAAGCUCUUCAGUGACAGCGAGAAGUUGGGCGGACUAAAAACUUUCACAGAGAGAUUCCGACCACGAAUAGUGGAAAUGGCAACCCACGAUGUUGAGACGAACGUGCGCACAGCGGCUGUAGAGUUAUUGGACAUUUUGCGAGAGGCAGGCUCUCUCGAGCCUGAUGAUGUUGAUUCUGUAGGAAGGCUUGUUUUCGAUGCCGAGCCGAAGGUCCGAAAAGCUGUUGUUGGUUUCUUUGCCGAAACUAUCAAUGGUGCAUACCAGAUGCAGGUUGAAGAUAUGGGUGGACAGGAAGCUUUAGACGAUGCUCUUGCUCCCCCGGAGGGCGAAGAGGAGUUUGAGAACCCCAGGCUGGAGUGGCUGAAACUCAAGUGCUUGGUUGAACAACUGCUAGCAUACGAUUCAGAAGACAACGAGCUCCCAUCACAAAUCGCUCGCAUUGCACCUCCAGGGUCAGAACUGGGGCUCGCGGCGGGUGAUAGCACGUCCCGUUUCUACUUAGCCACACAGGCUGUGUACGACGCAAUACCAGAGCUUCAGUCCUGGGAAGUGCUUGCUGGUUAUCUACUGUACGAUCACUCAAAGACGGCGCAGGAUGGCGCUGGCGAUGAUGUAGAGCUCAUGCUCCAACAAAACUGUAAGCUGGACGAGCAGCAAGAGACGACGCUUUUAGACGUCCUGAACGCAUCCGUGAAGAUUACGCUACAACGCCUCGCGGAAUCUCAGAAGGACAAGAAGAAGACCAAAGCACAGCGGGAGGCCGACCAGGAAGAGCACUCAGACACAGUUCGGAAGCUAUCUACCCUGAUUCCUCAAUUACUGAAGAAGUUCGGCGCCGUUCCUGAAGCGGCUUCGCUCUGUCUUCGACUGGAACGAGAGCUCAAUCUGGAUGUAUUCCAAGAACUACGGCAGACGGCUGCACUGAAAGCUCUCUUAGACGACGUCAUCCGCCAAUUCGUCACACAUCACAACGAGCAUGUCCUAGACGAGGCAAUACAGUCUAUAUCUCAUCAUCUCACGCACGAGGAGUCACAAGAGAUCACUGAGAGCAAGGUGCAGGGUCUAUGGGACGAGCUGCUGCAGACAUUCAACGUCAUCCGUUCUGGACAAGACGUUGCAGCCCGCGGCGACCUGCCGUCCAAUGCACUCACAGGCCUCUCAAACAUAGUCCUCAAGAUCGCCAAACUUUCCAAGAUCUCAGAGCCCUCAAUACUCGAUCACACCCCAACAACAAACCCCAAGAGCCGGGCAAAGAGUUCGAGAAAGGCACCCUCCACUCCACCAAUCACCACUCUCCUGCAAAUCCUCCACCGCGGCAUUCCCGUCGAAGACGUCGACGCAGACACAGACGUUGCCGAGGACGCACUCGUCGGCCACACAAUGAACGCGAUGCUCGCAUAUUUCGUCUGGAAGUUCCGCUACUGCGCGAACCAUCUCGAAGCCGGCACUGCGAUUCCCGACAACGAACUCACAUACAUCGCAGAACGCAGGGACGUUUGCCUCACAGCACUAAUGGGCAUAAUGGAGAGCAGAAAGGGCGCCGACGACCUCCGGCUCGAGGCCGCCCAACUGCUCCUUGACAUCUACAACAUGUUCUACGCCCUCAAGCGAGUCAAGACCAGCGCCCAAACACCCAAGAAGCCCCAAGGCCGAAGCACAACCCAACCCAACGACGACUGGGAAGUACUCUGCCAGCAGAUCGACGCCCCGACCACAAAAGUCCUCCUCCAGAUCCUCACAGCCGCGGAAUCCAACCUCGCGAAGCGCACAAGACGACACCUCGAGGAACCCGACAUCGACGACGACCCGAUCGACCCGGACGACGAGCCGGAGAGCAGCGACGACGAGGCGGAAGAGGAAGACGAGCGCGUGCAGGAGGAGAAGAAGAUGCGCACGCUGCUCGCCGAGUUCCGCCUCUGCUAUCUCGGCAGCAGACUCGUAAACUCAGUGCAAGUUGGCACGCUGGGCCCGGACGUCAGGAAGCGCCUCGAGAAGAAUAAGACGAAGCUGGGUCAUGACUGGAAGGAGGUCGUGGCGCACCUCGACAUUGUGAAGACGUUGAAGAGCAAGGCUGCGAAGAAGGGCGCGAAGGCGAAGGAGGGUGAGGCUGCUCCCAACGCAGUCACAACCAACGCCAACGCGAAGCAGCACAAGAGCAAGGAGAUUGUCGUCGAGAGCGACAGCGAGGAGGAAGAGGAAGACGAGGAGGCGGAGGAGCAAGGCCACGACGACGACGAGGAAAUGGCUGACCAAGACGACGACGGCGACGGUGACGGACAGCAUGUCAACGGCGCCGCUAACAACGCCUCCGACCACAGUCCAGACGUAGAAAGCGUUCUUGGCGAUUGAUUCUAAUCACAUCCAUGUUUUGUGUUUUUCUAUGAUGUUCAAAUGCAGGAGGAUGUAUUGGG